UAUCGAAUGUUUGCCAGCUCUAGGUCUCAAAAUAUAAACAAAUGUGAACAUAUUUCGAAACUGGCGUAAUAAAGUUUAAAUAAAUUAUGGACAAUAACGUAGGCCGCUUAACCGAGGAAUCUAUAAAACGCAAGGAGCGCCUUCAAAAACUGCGUGAGCAAGCACAAAAUAAAGGGGGAGAUGCCGCAGAGUCCACUGAGAACUUGCCGAAACCUAUUUUCCGCAGCUACAAGCCACAAAACGAGAACACCACCGGCGAAAUUCUGGCCCAGGAGCCGACGGGUAGCAUCGAAACCGCCGUGGAGGACCAGCUGAGUCUACUGCAGCAGCCAAUGGUGAUCGACGAGAUUGAUAUAACCAAUCUGGCGCCGCGAAAGCCGGACUGGGACCUUAAGCGCGAUGCCAGCAAAAAGCUGGAGCGAUUGGAGCGACGCACUCAGAAAGCAAUUGCUGAACUAAUACGUGAGCGUCUGAAACUGAACCAAAUUGAGGACAUUAGCCAGGCGGUGAACGUGGCCACUGCCCAUGCGGGAGAAAGUGUCCAGGAGGAUUAUGACUAGAGCCGAACAUCUACAUUUACUGAACACGUACAAUAUAAAAUAAUAAAAAUAACGAGAAACGAGUGCUCCUAGCACUAUGCUUAA